CUUAUCUCCUUCCGUUCCGCAAUGUCAUCAUCCGCAGUCCAAAUAACUGGGGUCCUUGUAGACCCCACUCUUUCAUGCACACGAAUUGUCAAUAGAGAUGCACAGACAGAAGAGGCAGUUCGCACGCUUGUGCAACAACUUACCGUCAAGUACAACGACGAGAUUCAACCCCUAUCUCCUAUCGAGCUAACAGCUCCUAGGAUCUUAAUCGACGGUGAAUAUACGAACAUGGCUGUAGGGCAGCCUCUAUCCACAGGUAGAAACUUGACCGCCCUAUUCAUAAUACCAAAGACGCAUUCUCUCGUGGAAGCAAACAAGAAGCAGCAGGCAAGUUUGGAGGACUACAGACUACGACUGGAGAGACGGACGACAGUGGCGAACGCUGAAUGGGUGAUACAAGCAGAAGACUCGAAACGAGCACAGCAAAAUACAUCAAAGUCUUCCCGGCGCAAGAAAAGAAAGAAAGCUCGUUUGGCGGAAGAAGGCUCAGCACCGGUCUCAGAAUCGGUCGCAGCACCCAUCCCGGAAUCCGUCUCAAUGUCGGAAUCCAUUUCAGCAACCAUGUCGGAAUCAGCCUCAGCCUCCGUCAACAUCGCCGUACAGAUGGCGAUGAACACGUUUUCCAAGCAGUUUACGAGUGAGAUCGAUGAGCUUAAAGUUUCCCGCGCUCAACAGGCCCAGGAAAUCUGGGAGCUGAAAGAUUCCAACGCAACGUUAACCCAGGAAAUCUGGGAGCUGAAAGAUUCCAACGCAACCUUAACCCAGGAAAUUCGGGAGCUGAAAGAUUCCAACGCUACGUUGUCGGCUAAUAACGCAACGUUGUCGACUAACAACAAAUCCUUAACCGCCACAGUACAGCGUCAUUCAACAACACUCCAUGCUCUCCACCGACGCGUGGUACUUGACGACGCCCGUGAUCUUAUAUGCAAGCGGUACAAAUACAACAUCGAUGAUUUCCGGCUGGGGAGCCAGGAAUCCGUCGAAGGGAAGCCAGCGAAGACCAUGCCACAACUGAUGACAGAAGUCCAUUCGAAGCUCAAUAAUGAGGAUCGGUGCUUACUACACCUUGAGGCGUUGAUGAUGAUAUUCGGCAGUGGUCGGUUUACCAUCCGAGGAGAGGGUAAUUUCAGGGCUCACAGUGCCUCCGCAGAGGACCUGAAAUCAGCCAUCGCGCAGCCGAACUUGACACCAUCGCAGGUAGCAAGUUUGAAGAACAUUUACGCAUUCACGCAACAUGAAACCCUUUCAUUUUAGAUACAUACCUUUGUGCAAGGAGUCGGUUCUUUCACAGUAGAAAUACGGUCUUGUCCUUCGUUUAUCUCUCCAAACAGACACAGCGCGUCAUUUCGUGUUCUGACUCUCAACAACGCCAUAUAUAAUUGACCAUGAGCAAAGGGAUCCGUUCGAAGGUAUUACAAGCCCUCUCAGCCAGGGAGCCGGCGGCUGCCGAACUUGACACCAUCGCAGG